GGGCAAUCAGCGGCUUGCCUCCCCCAACGUUCGGCGGUGCUUUGCAUCAUUCUUCUUCCCUUCCGCAACCCGCAGCUGCAUCCCGCCAGAUCUGACAUUUUCGCCCGCAGUCAGCGGGCAGUCAGCGCACACCAUGGCUUUCCACGCAAGUGGGCUGCCGAGCAUCGCGGCCGCGACGUCGGAUCUGUGGCCGUCGCUGGCCAACACUCUCGCCGUCCCCUGGAGAGUGCCGACCCCCGCCGCUCCGACGCCGAAACCUCGACUACCCCGCGCCGCCGCCGCGCCUCAUGCCGGGGCGCCCACCGCAGCACGCUCCGUUGCUGCCAACGAGGACGCUCCGAUCCACGCGCAAAGGAACACGGUGGCCCAGGCGAAACCCGAGCUCCCCGACUUUCUCCGCGACGCUGUCCUCUCACCGCGCUUCCUCGACCGCCGCCUCGCCAACGCAUCACCUAUCGACGUCUUCUCUGAAUUGUCGACCCUGUCUCCUCGCUCGCUCGCCAUGGCGAAUCCCCUCAUGCGCCGCUCCUAUGCCGCCUUGGUGGGCCGCCCCCUCAUCAGGCUGCCCGGCCUCCGGUCCAUGAGCACCUAUCAGCCGAGCCGCAUGCAACAGUUUACCUGGAUCCGGUCGCACUCCCCCUUACUCAACAUGCAGUCCCGCGCCUUUGGCACCGGCGGCGUCCCGCGCGAUCUUCUCGCCAACCGCGAGGCCGUCGCCAACCGGAACCCGAACAGCGCCACGGCCCAAAACUCUUUCUAUCAGCUUCUUUUGAAGGCUAACAUGCCCGCAAUUGUUGUUGAGCGGUAUCAGUCUGGACGGUUUGCGACGAACGAGGCGGCCGACGAGGCUUACCAAAAGGCGCUGGCCAUGAUCAACGGCAGCACUGGUGCUGCCGCCCAAGGCGACGCGGCCGCCAAUGCCGCUGGGCUCAACUCGACCGGCCUCCAGGCUGUCGGCCAGGCUGUGGCCGCUCACCGCGCCGGUGGCAACAUGGCCUUCUCGACAGGCAAUGGUGGCAAAAACGGGCCUCUGCACGUUAUCGUGGACGAGACGUUCGGCACGGCCGCUCUGCGAUGGAUCAAAUUUCUUUUAUGGUUCGGUCUUUGCGCAUAUCUCAGCCUGGUCAUCGUUACCAUGGUCGUUGAGGGCAUGACCACCUUCAAGCGACCCGGGAGCAAAGUUGAGGGCGUCGAAGCCAAAGCCGAGAACCAGAAGGCCCGCUUCAGCGAUGUGCACGGCUGCGAUGAGGCCAAGGAGGAACUCCAAGAGCUGGUCGAGUUCCUGCGGAAUCCCGAAAAGUUCAACAACCUUGGCGGCAAGCUUCCCAAGGGCGUCCUCCUCGUCGGGCCCCCCGGCACUGGCAAGACUCUGUUGGCUCGGGCGGUAGCCGGCGAGGCUGGUGUGCCCUUCUUCUUCAUGUCUGGCAGCGAGUUCGAUGAGAUCUACGUCGGCGUGGGCGCCAAGCGCGUCCGCGAACUCUUCAAUGCCGCCAAGGCCAAGGCUCCUUCUAUUGUCUUCAUCGAUGAAUUGGACGCCAUAGGCGGCCGGCGCAACUCGCGCGAUGCCACCUACGUGCGCCAGACCCUGAACCAACUGCUGACCGAGAUGGACGGCUUCGCCCAGAACAGCGGAGUCAUCAUCCUGGCCGCUACCAACUUCCCCGAGUCCCUCGAUAAGGCGCUCACCCGCCCCGGCCGUUUUGACCGGCAUGUCGUCGUCUCCCUCCCCGAUGUCCGCGGCCGGAUUGCCAUCCUGAAACACCACGCGAAGAAGAUCAAGAUGGGUCCGGAUGUCAACAUCGAGGCCAUUGCGGCCCGCACUUCGGGCUUGUCCGGCGCCGAGCUCGAGAACAUCGUUAACCAGGCAGCCGUGCGCGCCAGCAAGACCAAGGCCAAAGCCGUUAUGCAGACGCAUUUUGAGUGGGCCAAAGACAAGGUCCUCAUGGGUGCCGAGAAGAAGACGAUGGUCAUCACGCCCAAGGAGAAGGAGAUGACGGCGUACCACGAAGCCGGCCACGCGCUGGUUGCCUACUAUUCCAAGGACAGCUCCGGCGAGCUCUACAAGGUUACCGUGCUCCCUCGCGGACAGUCGCUGGGCCACACGGCCUUCCUACCCGAGAUGGACAAGUACUCGUACACUGUUCGCGACUACAUGGGCCACAUCGACCGUGCCAUGGGUGGCAAGGUCGCCGAGGAGAUCGUCUACGGCAACGAGUAUGUGACGAGCGGCGUCAGUGCAGACCUCGACUCGGCCACCAGGAUAGCGUGGCAGAUGGUCGCGCAGCUCGGCAUGUCAGAGCGUCUCGGCCCCGUCGAAUACAUGCGCAAGUACGAGCGGCUGAGCUCCGAGACCCGGGCCAUGGUUGAGGCCGAGGUCAAGAGGGUGCUCGACGAUUCGUAUGCGCGCGCCCGCGCCCUGCUGAUCUCCAAGAGGAAGGAACUCGACCUGCUCGCCAAGGCCCUCGUCGAGUACGAGACGCUCGACCGCGCCGAGAUCGAAAAGGUCCUGCGCGGGGAGAAAUUGGAGGGGCGCAUCUCCGUGCCGCUCGGGCCGAUGGCAGUCCCGAAGCCGGCCCAGGGCGUGGAGCCCGGCCUGCCCAUGCCACCGAUCGGUGGCGGCGGGGCGGACGGUGAAGGAGCGGGUCCGGGAAGCCCACCGCCGCCUGCGCCGCCGCCGCCGGCACCCGCGAGGGCGAUCUUUGAGCCCGCGAAGGAGCAGGAGUAGAAGAGGCGGGGACCGGUGGUGAGUGAGUGAGCUGCUUUUGGUUAGCACGGCAGCGUGGGUCAGGCACCCAAAUGCGGGCUCGUGACUUUGCGCUGCCGAGAGAUUGCGGACGAUAGGGAACUGGUCGAACGGGCAUGGGUGGCGUUUUGUGUUGUCAUCACUUCAGGGGUCCGUAUACCUCCCGAGCGGUGUGAAUCUUCUUUGUGUGUUGUUCUCAA